AUGACGUCCCCGAAGCCCGGCAGCGCCACGGAGCAUGGCAGCCCCAGCCGGUCGUCUCCGGUGCCCAAGAAGCAAUCUAGUGGAAUGGCCGACCUGGUCGACGCUGCCAUCUCCUCCGGGGCCGUUCAGGCGCAGCGCGCCUCGAAGCGUUCCAGCUUCAGGUCCCCCUCGAAGCUCCACAUGAACGCAGCCACCACGGCCGCUUCUCCGGUGAUUUCGUACACGGACGAGAUCGUUACGGACAAACCAUCGCUGGUGCUGGACUGCUGCAUCCAAGGGACCCUCGCACCGCCCGAGUACCUGAACGAGGAGAGCCACGAGCGGCUCGUGGACCUUCUCCUCCGAAGCGAAAUGCAAGCCGAGGACCGCGGCGCCCAUAUGGCCUGCGCGACCGGCGUGUCGUCCUUGACGCGCGUGGCGCGGAGGACCGCGAGGGAGUCGCACGUGAUGGGGGAGGAGUCGAAGGGCGAGGACGACGAGGACGAGCGCGAGCCUGGGCGCGCUGCGCAGCGGUUCAUCAACGUCGUGCACCGCGUGAUCGAUCUGCUGCGUCGCGGCACGAGCGGCGCGGUCGGCCCCGGCGCGGCGGACCUCCUGAGCCUCAAGCUGCGGAAGCUGGACCAGGGCCUGCAGUCGCACGCGCGCGUGCGGUCCGCGGCGGUCGCGCGCGAGAUCUACGCGCUCGUCGCGAAGCAGGCGAUGAUAUCGGACCUCCCGAUCGGCCAGGGGAUGGACCUGUGCCGCGUCGCGACCUACCAGAAGACAAACAACUCGAAGUUGAUCAUGGAAGAAGGGCGGCAAGUGCGCGGGAUCUACCUCAUCCUGCGCGGCUCCGUGACCUUCCACAAGAAGAACGCGCCCGUCUCGCUCACGCAGCGCCUCGCCGCGUGCGAGGCCGCCUCGAAGCGCCUCGCGGCGCCCGACGACGACGCCACCAAGCAACAACCAAACCGCUCGCGCGUCGUCGAGGCGGAGGACCGCCUGGGCCCGUGCGUCAUGACGCUGGGCGCGCCGUGGUCGUUCGGGGAGUGGAACUUCCUGCGCGGCGCGGAGUCGCAGUACUCCGUCGUCGCGCAGCCGGGCUCGGAGCUCCUCCUCCUGCCCGCGUCGGAGAUCUCCCACACCCUCGGCAAGGCCAGCAAUUACAUCAUGCUUGCCAGCGAGGUCGCGCGGCUGGCGUCGACGCACCCGGUGGUGCGCUCGCGCGAGGACUCCGCGCUCCUGGCGGAUCUGAUCCGCCGGCACCGCGUCCUCGAGCGCCUGCCGCACCAGUACAUGGACGAGCUCGCGACGCUGCUGCACACGGAGGAGUACGACGCCAACGAGCUGCUGUUCGUACAGGGCGAGCAGCAGCCGUGCAUGUUCAUCAUCCUCCAGGGCUCGGUCUCGAUCAUGAUCCAGGACUCGCCCGCGUCGCCCGAGGACGCGUACGCCAAGGUCAUGGAGGUCGUUCGAGAGAAGAACGACGUGGUAGACCAGUUUGGCAUAUCUCACGGGGAUCCUGGGCGCGCGGCUAUCCAGCGGAGCCGCACGGGGUCCUUCUCGACCUCCGGCGCGCAGCCGGACGUCGUCAAGGCGCUCAUGGCCAGCAUCACGUCCGGGACGACCGGGCAGAGUGCGCUGGCCGGCGCCGUGCUCAGCAUGCGCGGAGCUUCGCCGGAGGGCAAGGGGUCUGGCACGCCGCUCGACGACCGCAUCGGCACGGUGCUCUCCGUGGUAGGCGAGCACGAGGAGCACGUCCCGGCCGCGCAGAAGGAGGCCGGGAGCGGCGACGGCGGCGAGGGCGCGCAGGGCAGCCACGUGGAGGCGGCGGCGGGGGCGGCCAGGAUCGGGCCGGAGAAGCCGGCGCGGUCGUACUCGCGGACGAACACGAACGAAGGGAGGACGACGCCGUCGCGGCGGGCGUCGCGGACGCACCUCAAGGGCACGGGGUCGCGCACGAGCAUGACGGGAUCAGACCCCCGGGGGUCUGGCGUGGAGGGGACGCCGCGGGGCGCGGCGCGGUCGAAGGUCGCGGACGAGGUGGACGCGAUGCUGGCGACCGCGGACGGCGCGGAGGACACGUCGCUGUACGGCGAGCCGCGCGUGCGCGUCCGGCGUUUCCUGCUGGAGGACGACGCCGACGUCAUGGGCGACGCGGUGGACUCGAUCGGGCCCGGGGACGCGUGCGGGCAGCACGGGCUGCUCAAGCAGAGCCAGCCGCGGUCCGCGUCGGCGAUCGCGGAGCAGAAGACGCGCGCGAUCGUCGUCCCGCGGGACAUGUUUAUGUCGUUGUUUCUCCUGGAACAGAAGCCGAUCCUGCACGCGCCGGAGGUCCGCAAGGCGCUGCGCACGCACCCGACGCAGCGCACGCCCGCGGACAACGAGCGCGUCGCGGAGCUGCUCGACCGGAGCGGCCUGCUCGCGCGAUUCGACCCGCGCAUCCAUGUAGGCAUCUGCCAGAACAUGCGCCUGCUGCGCCGCGGGGCCGACGAGGUGAUCUACCGGCAGGGCGACGUCGCGGACGCGUACUACAUCGUGCUGUCCGGGCUGGUCUCCGUGCACGUCAAGGCCAGCAACAUGCACUUCAAUAAGGCGUGGGAAAAGGACAUUUACGGACAGUACGGCGCCGCGGCGGACCUGCGCGGGGUCGGGCAGUCGUUCGGGGAGAUGGCGCUGAGCAAGCAGCAGUGCAAGCGGCUCUCGACGGUGAUCGUGCAGGACCCGGCGGAGCUGGUCAUGGUGCCGCGCACGGCGUUUGAGAGCCUGAUGUUCCGGGUGGAGGCCGAGGAGCGCGUCUCGCAGAGCGCGUACCUGCGGAAGAUUCCCGGGCUGUCCGCGUGGGACCCCGUGCGGCUGUCGGCGCUCGCGCAGGCGUUCACGGAGCUGACGGUGGCGCGGGGCCGCGACGUGAUCGCGCCGGGGCAGCUGCCUGGCAACGAGACGCUGUACUUCAUCUCGAAGGGCACCGUGUCGGUGCGGUACAAGCUCGGCACCGCGGGCUUCGCCUCCAUGGCGUCAGCGGUCGCGACCACCAGGGGCCGCGGGAAGAAGCGGGCGUCGUUGCAGGCGGCGCACAACAACGCCCAGGCGGCGCACGCGGUGAGCGUGGGCGGGUCGAAGCCCGCGGCGGCGGUGGCGGAGGCGCUGCGGCAGAAGGCGGCGCGGCAGCGGCGCACGCAGACGCUGCUGGCGCACACGGGCGCCGAGCUCGCGGUGAUUUCUACGGGGCAGUGGUUCGGGGAGAUGGAAACGGUGAUCGCGGAGACGCAGAAGCGGAUAAAGAAGCAGCAGAAGGAGGAGGAGGACGACCGCACGCUGGACCUGCGCCACCUGUCGUACGUCGCCAUCGAGGAGACGGUGAUGCACUGCAUCCAGCUGUCCGACUUCCUGGACGCGGUGCGGGAGGACUCGCGCGCGAUGCAGGCGCUGCGGACCGCCGCGAUGGAGAAGCGCAGCUUCCUGAUGGACCGGUGCGGCCUGAUCAUGGACACGCUGAUCACGGUGACGGAGGAGGGGCACGCCACGUACGAGCUCCAGGCCGGCCACCCGCUGCUGGACGCAGCGAACCCGCUGAACAAGCGCGCGGUGCACACGAUCACGGGGGGCGACGGCCACGGGUACACGCUGCCCACGACCGCGAAGGCGCGGGCGGAGCGCACGCCCUCGCCGCAGCGCAACGCCAGUCCUGACAGACGCAACAUGUCUCCGACGCGGAUGGCCGCGCUGCUCGACGGCGACACCGGCCACGCGUCGCCGCGGCUCCCGGCGAUCGCGCCGCGCACGGGGAAGUCGAUGCUGGGCGGGGGGGGGUCGCCGAUGCGGUCCCCGGGCCACCAUCCCCACCCGACGGGGCGCUGGAUUGGAUCCCAGGCCCACCACGUGUCGCCGGGGGUCGCGGCUGGCCUCGGAGGCGAAGCGAGCGGCCCUUCGUCGCCGCGCAGGGGGCUCCCUGGCGUCGGCGCGCCUCCGGCGGGGCUCCGAGCCGCGAAGGAUGGACCAGCCGCGGCGACAGCGGCUGCGGAGACGCUCUUCUCGCCGGCGCGGGGGUUCGGGGGGGCGAUGGGCAUCGGGACGCUGCGGCUCGCGAAGCGCGCGCCGGAGAGCCCGCCGCCGCCGGUGUACGGCGGCGCGGACCGCGACGACGUGUUGCCGGAGUCCCUGCUGAAACGACGCGACGCGAGCAGUCCACUGGGGCGGGGGCUGCUGCUCGGGACGGGGCGGGCGCAGGCGAGCCGCGGGCCGACGAUUCCGGACGAGCUGCUCCGCACGGCGCCGCCGCUGAGCAAGCACGGGUUCGUGCCGCAGCGCGGGGGGACUCAGGCCCCCGGUCGGACACCCCCCCGCGCGCACUUCGGGACGGGGUCGCCGCGGGUGCUGACGGAGCUGAUGGAGUCCGUGGGGGUGUCGUCGCCCUCGCACAUGUCGACGCUAUGA